AUGAGUCCCCGCUGGUGCCUGCGUUCACUGCGCCUCCUGGUCUUCGCCGUUUUCUCGGCCGCCGCGAGCAACUGGCUGUACCUGGCCAAGCUGUCGUCGGUGGGAAGCAUCUCCGAGGAGGAGACCUGCGAGAAGCUCAAGGGCCUGAUCCAGAGGCAAGUGCAGAUGUGCAAGCGGAACCUGGAGGUGAUGGACUCGGUGCGCCGCGGCGCCCAGCUCGCCAUUGAGGAGUGCCAGUACCAGUUCCGGAACCGGCGCUGGAACUGCUCCACGCUCGACUCGCUGCCGGUCUUCGGCAAGGUGGUGACGCAAGGGACUCGGGAGGCGGCCUUCGUGUACGCCAUCUCUUCGGCAGGUGUGGCUUUUGCGGUGACGCGGGCGUGCAGCAGCGGGGAGCUGGAGAAGUGCGGCUGUGACCGGACUGUACACGGGGUCAGCCCGCAGGGCUUCCAGUGGUCAGGAUGCUCGGAUAACAUCGCCUAUGGGGUGGCCUUCUCCCAGUCAUUCGUGGACGUCCGAGAGAGGAGCAAGGGGGCCUCAUCCAGCCGGGCCCUCAUGAACCUCCACAACAAUGAGGCCGGCAGGAAGGCCAUCCUGACACACAUGCGGGUGGAGUGCAAGUGCCACGGGGUGUCGGGCUCCUGCGAGGUAAAGACGUGCUGGCGAGCCGUGCCGCCCUUCCGCCAGGUGGGCCACGCCCUGAAGGAGAAGUUCGACGGCGCCACGGAGGUGGAGCCCCGCCGCGUGGGCUCCUCCAGGGCCCUGGUGCCGCGCAACGCGCAGUUCAAGCCGCACACGGAUGAGGACCUGGUGUACCUGGAACCCAGCCCGGACUUCUGCGAGCAGGACGUGCGCAGCGGCGUGCUGGGCACACGGGGCCGCACGUGCAACAAGACGUCCAAGGCCAUCGACGGCUGCGAGCUGCUGUGCUGCGGCCGGGGCUUCCACACGGCCCAGGUAGAGCUGGCCGAGCGCUGCAGCUGCAAGUUCCACUGGUGCUGCUUCGUCAAAUGCCGGCAGUGCCAGCGGCUGGUGGAGCUGCACACGUGCCGGUGA